AUGUUGAGAAACCCACACUUCAAGGCUCGGGACGACGAGAAAGAAGCCUACUUAGUUAUGGCAAUCCGUAACAAACAUCCGGAGCUGGCCGAAGUACUCAUUAGACAAGGCGUUAGCCCCGAUGCAUUACAUCCUCUAUAUGGCCCAGCUAUCAUCAAUGCGUCGCAGGCGGGCCCCAGAAAGCUUGUGAAAAGUCUAAUCCAAGCCGGAGCUAAUGUAAACAAAUGGCAUGAGGACGAUGACUGCUGCAAGGCUGCUUUGAGCGCUGCAUCUGAACAUGGCCAUCUGGAGAUCGUGAGAGAUUUGCUCAAGGCUGGGGCAUAUAUCGGACUCCAAGAUUCUGUUAAACUAGCUCUUGAGAAUGGCCAUACCACGAUAGUUGAACUCCUUAGUGACAGGGCCUGCAGGGUUAAGCGUGUUAAUGUUGACUUACUCGAAAGCGCAGCCUCUUAUGGGACAAUUGAGCUUGUUCAACGGCUACUAGAUACUAAACCGAAUUUCAGCUGCAAAUCUGCGGCCCUCUCAAAAGCGUGUGAGGCUGGGCGUGCUGAAAUUGUCAGCCUCCUACUUUCUGAAGGUGCGGAGGUAGAUACCAAAUUUCUAUGGUAUCUCGAUGGCUCUUACUUGCAUCCCAAGGAAAUAGAGACCAUUCGUUACCAGGACAAUGCUCUUGUUCUUGCAGCAAAGUCGGGCAAAGAGAAUAUUCUGCAGAUGGUGCUCGACGAUAUAUCUGGCCGUGAAGAAGCUGAACUUACUAAGCCCUUCCCGCUUGUUAACUACGGACUUCCUAUAUACAAGAAGAAAGCCCUUGUAAAGGCACUGGCGGGUUGUCAUCAGAGAGCUCUAACAGUUCUUCUUGAUGCCUUGGUGAAUCAAGAUCAUAUACAGGAGUAUGAGUACGAUACCCUCCGGGCUGCAUCUGAAGUCCAGAAUCAACAGGUCCUACAGGACUUUUCCGUUCUAAUAGGCGAAGAACGCCGUCCCUACUUCGAGGAGACUAUGUCUCACUUGCAUGAGAUCUUGCUCGGAGAUCAUAGGCUCAUCCUUCAGUCUCUGCUGAAAGAAGCCGGGGAAAAUUAUUUGCAGUACAUAGAUGAAGACGAGUCGGACGUUCUUCCACCUAUCGAGGUCGCAGUUUCAAUUGGAAAUGCAACCAUAGUUGAGCAGUUUAUUCAGGCAGGCAUUGACAUAAACUUGGGUGAGACACUCCGUGAUGCAGUACGUAACCAGAAUGGCCAUAUCGUUAAAUUGCUACUGGACUACAAGAACAAUACGAAGUCUACCAUCAAGUUAUCAGGAGUUAGUCUAUUCGAGGAUGCUUUGAUGCGUGGCGAAGAAAGCGACUACUCCAUAGCACAUAUGCUCCUAGAUCAUGGAGUAAUCGACGACUGCUCUGAAGAAUAUGGCCCGACUCCCCUUCAACUAGCUGCUGAAAGUUACUGCAUUACCAUUGUGGAAAGGUUACUGAAUCUCGGGCAUACGGUCGACCAGAAGGACUGGAACGGUCGUACCCCUUUGCAUUCUGCUCUUAGCAAAGACGUUAUCAGUGCCCUUGUAUCUGCUGGGGCUGAUGUAAAUGCAAGAGAUUCCGAUGGCUGGACACCACUCCACACAGCAGCGGAGGCUGCAUCUCCAGGGGCGAUAGGGAUCCUACUACAAUCCGGAGCCGAUGUUUUUGCCCUUACCAACGACAAAAGGACUGCUCUGCAUGUAGCCAGACAAUAUGGCCCGGAAGCAAUCGAAACAAUCAAGAUUCUACUCGGAAAUGGCCUUGAUGUAAAUGACAGAGAUGAGAGAGGCUCUAGUGCUCUACAUAACGCUUGUUCUGGAUCUAGUGUCAAAGUCGCAGAGUUACUACUCGUAAAUGGAGCCGAUGUUAACGUGAAGAUAAUAAAGGAAUAG